AUGGACGAUGAAAUAGCCUUUGAUCUACCUCCAUUCAUGAAAGUAUACAAAAACGGUCGUGUUCAGAGGCUUAUAGGGGAAGACGUUGUUCGUGCAUCUCUUGAUCCAGCCACCAACGUUGAAUCUAAAGACGUUAUAAUCUCCAAAGAAGAUAACAUAUCAGCUAGGCUUUUCAUUCCCAAAACCAAUUUCCCACCAACCCAAAAACUCCCUGUUUUUGUUUACUUCCACGGUGGUGCUUUCUGCAUCGAAACCCCUUCCUCGCCCAAUUACCAUAACUACCUUAACUCUGUUACUUCACUGGCUAACGUGAUUGGUGUAUCUGUUCACUACAGAAGAGCACCGGAACACCCUGUUCCUGUCGCUCAUGAAGAUUCAUGGCUUGCACUCAAAUGGGUGGCUUCACAUGUUGGUGGAAAGGGCUCUGAUGAAUGGUUGAAUGAGUAUGCAGAUUUUGAGAAAGUGUUCUUAGGAGGUGAUAGCGCUGGUGCUAAUAUUGCACACUAUUUGGGUAUUCGGGCUGGGAAGGAAAAUUUGGAUGGUGUGAAACUUGAAGGGGCUGUUUAUCUCCAUCCUUAUUUUUGGGGUGUGGAUCCAAUUGGGUCUGAAUCGGCACGAGGUGAGUUUGUUGAAAAGGUUCAUAAUUUAUGGCGAUUUUCAUGUCCAACCACCACCGGAUCCGAUGACCCGUUGAUUAACCCGGCUAAGGAUCCGAAUUUGGGGAGUUUGGGUUUUAAGAGAGUGCUUGUUUGUGUUGCCGAGAAAGAUUUGUUGAAGGAUAGAGGUUGGUAUUACAAAGAGUUGCUUGAGAAAAUUGGUUGGGGUGGUGCUGUUGAGGUUGUUGAGACAAAGGAUGAGGAUCAUGUUUUUCAUAUGUUCAAUCCAACCUCUCAGAAUGCUACUCAUUUGCUUAAUCGAGUUGUUUCCUUCGUCAAAAGGACUUGA